CCGCCGGGUGCCUCAGUACGUUUGGCGAACAGUUCGCGAACGGACGUAUUUGCUCGCGAGCUCUGCAGAAAACGCACUCGUUUCCCAGCAUAAACACGAGCGUGUUCUGGCAUAUAGCCGCGACAGAGAGAAGCGGUGUCUCUCUCGGCUGGCCCGGCGCCGUCGGCGGCGAAUCCCCUCUCCCCCCGCGAAUGCGAGGAGCCCGCGGCUUGCACGCGGCACGACCAACGAACCUGCUCUGUCUGUCUGUCUGUCUGUCUGUUUGUCUGUCUGUCUCUUUCUCGUCCUCGUCCUCGUCCUCGUCCUCGUCCUCGUGCUCGCGACGAGGCCUUGGCUUGUCAGCAGGCCUCAGCGCAGCGUUCUCGACCGCCCGCGGCCGCGCUCACGCGGGACUAACGUCGCGUUCGCCGGGUCGGCGACCCGGUCGGCCGGCCUCACGCGCGCACCCAGUGCUGGCCCAUGCAUGAACUGACCUCGCCGUCGAGCGAGCUUACCAUCGGCACACCACCAAGGUCGCCGGGCGAUCAAUGAAUGCGGCGUCUACCGCCACGUGACUGGACAACGCUGACGGAACGCCAGGAGGCCGCGUCCCCCGCGAUUGUCUCUCCCGAGAAACGUGCCGCCGCGAGUCCCGAGUUAGAGUAAGAACGCGCGAGUCCCUCUUCUUAGCCCGCGUCAGACGGGAGCGCUCGCGCGAAUCGUCUCCGGCUCUCGCAGCUCUGGACUCUCUGGGUUCGCAUUUCCGGCCCUCGGCCCGCGGUGACUCGCCGUGACCCGGUCGUGCGCGCGCGCGCGCGCGCGAGACCUCGAAGGCGGACCAGCGGAAGCGGACUCGCAGGAGGUCCGGCCCUCGCCUCGGUCGCCCAUGACAGACAGUUUCCUCUUGCCGUCGACACGUGACAACCGCGCGCGGCGUGCUCGGUCGCGAGAGCCCGAAGCGAAGCGAAGCGAAGGCACCGCGCUUCUUCCGAGGACCAGCGCUCGUCGUCCUUUUCCGAGACUCGACGCGCGCGCGACCUCGAAAUCACGGAGACGCUGAUUGUGCAGUGCGAGCAGCAGCGAGGCGUCGUUUGAUGCGGCACGUCCGCUCUCGGCGGCCCUUCAGUACCUCGCCGGACUGUUAAAGAGUCGGACUGUUAAAGAACCGUUCACGCAUGAGGCCCGGGAAAAGCGAGAAAAGGACGGUGACGUGCAGUGUAACCUGUGUAAAGUAGACUCCGGGGAGCCGCGGCUAGGCAGUUGGAAACGUGACAUGACGAGCGAGAGUUAUAGAGGCUGAGGAGGAGGAGGAGGAGGAGGAGCGGAAAGAACAAGCUGCGCGACAGACCGUGCUCGAGCCGGCCAAGUGGGAAUUGUUGCGCCAGCGUGCCACCGAGCGGGGUGACGAUUUAUCUCCGUGCGACCGUGACUCCGACACAAGGAGUGACUAUCGAGGUACAUGAAAGAAGGACAUGAGCUACUCGCAAGGCAAGGGACGGCUUUAUCCGGCCUACAGUCUGAGCGGCAGCGAGGGUGAGGAUAACACCUCCAGUUUGCGUAGUCGCGCCUACCCGCAAAACAACCACCAGAGCAACCAGUCGCAUCACAAUCAUUACAACGCCAGCCAGCAUAAGCAGCGUUCCUACCAACAACAGCAGCAGCAGCAGCAGCAGCAGCAGCAGCAGCAGCAGCAGCAGCAACAGCAGCAACAACAACAACAUCCCUUGUAUCAUAUGCCCGGCAGUGGCGCCGGUCUCAGCGACACACCUACUUCGGGUAACGCGUCUGACGAGACCCUCACCGACAGUGACCUUAUCACCGUUGCUCGCGACUCCGCACUGCUCGUCCAUAACGGGUGUUUGUUGGACAGUUCGGCACCGCGGGGCCCGCCUGAUGUGCCACCCCGUAACCCCGCAAUGAGCCGGCUCAACGGAAGACUGCCAGGAAGUCACGCAGCGAGCGAUCACGAGCGCGAUCCCGAUCUCGAGCCAUCCUGUCUCGUACGCACCCCAUCCGGUAACUUCUACAAUAUACCAAAGAUACCGAAGAAUGAAUACAACAACAAGAAUCAGUCCACGGGGAACAGUCCAAUAAAGGUGGAACUGCAGAACAACAUGGACAGAGUACCUUUGCCUUACGGGCACGCCCCGUCGAUGAUCCCGAUGAGGAGACAAAGCAUUCGCUGUCACUUCCGCAAGGGAAUCGAUUGGUGCAGUUGGAAAUUAAUUUCCAUCAUAAUAAUUAUGCUCUUGCUCUGCCUGACGGCAGCGUUAACCUACGUCGCAGUCAACUGGUCGUACCAAAGCACGAAGGCCUGCACAGUGCUGGUGGGCGAGAACACGGACGCCAAGCCGUCGUCGAGCGAGUCGAACAAGACGUCCUCGUCGUCCGCGUCGACGUCGUCGCAAUCGAGCGGCCGAGCGCGGCAGCAGUCGCCGUCAGGAGGUAGUAUUAGCACAUCGGCUAGCAUGUUGUUAGAUGGUGUAUACAGCCGCAAGCGUAGGGACACGUUUAACGAGCAUGCAUUGCCGCACCAAACUGUCGCACCACCACCACCCUCCCAUGAUCCCGAAGAGCUGCCCUUGACCUUGACCCCGACCACCAGCAGCCGCAGCAGCGCGGUCUCAGGGUCCGGGCAGCAAGCGCCGGUCCCGUUGCAUGAGGAACGUUCUGGUAAGGCUGUGCAUGAUCCGGAGGUGCAUGCGGACGCUCGAGCUCCGGUGGAAGGAGCUGUCGAGACCAAAGACGCAGCGGCGGGAUCGACGACUCCGUCGCGGUCGCUUCUCGCCCGAGACGUCUCCUCUACUACUACCAUUAACCACUCGCACGAUCACUCGACUCACACCACUGUCGCUGUCGACUUCACCUCUUCGUCCUCUGUCUCUGUCGACUUUCAUUCUGUCCCAUCGUCCUCCGCUCGCGAGACGCGCGCCACGUCGUCGCCGCCGCCAUUUCUCCACGUGGGAUUCUCCUCAGCCGUCGGCGAAGGCGUCGCGCCGCUACGCCGGCAGCAGCAUGUCGCCUCACCGGGCGCACCGAUUGCAAAACUUGGCAACGACAACGGCCCCGCGGAUUUCGACGGUGCCGGCACGUCCGAAAGUUCCGACAUCGCCGAGAGCAGCGGCGACACCGCGGCUACGACGUCUGCAUCCGGCGUCGAGUUCGCGAAACUUGGCGCUGAUUAUGGCGACCACGAGCACCAAGUGCCGCCGAUAGCCGGCGGAAGUGCGGCAAACGACAAUAACGUUCGCGCUGCCGAUUACAGCGGCGAUGUGGAGCCCGCUGAUGGCGCGGCACGGUCCACGACUACGACAGUGAAGCCAUGCUCGAGCGUAAGUCACCCUGACCAAAACGCGAGCGACGAGUCUUCCUCCCCCUCCUCCCCCUCCUCCUGUUCCUCCUGUGGCGAAGCCUUGGCACCGGCGGAAGCGUCAGCUCUGGAAGAGGUGAACGUCGACGAACUUUCGCCCGAUACACUCGUGGCCGAUAAAGCGACGUCCGACGCAGCCUUCAGCGAGAACCAGGACGCCAUGAUGAAGAUUACAGAAGAUCACGCGUCUGGGGGGACAAUCAACUCCACCGACGGUCGACACGACUCGGAGACGGCCACGGCGCCGUCAGCGCAGUCCCAGUCGUCGAGGUCGACGUCAGGCGUCGUGAAAGAGACGCGAGAGCUCUCUCGGGAGUACUCGUCGCCCGAGUCGUCGGAAGCGUCGUCCAAUCCCGUCAAGUCCGCCGAGAACCCGGAGGAGCUCCAGCGAGACUACCCCGUGCCGGCCUACAGCUACGCGGGGCAAGACGAGGUGGAGAUCGUCAAGCUGCACCACGAGGGAGCCCGAGCGAUCGCCAAGGUGGCAGCCGAACCCGGGGUCUUCAACAACAACAACAACGACGUGAAGACGAACACCGUGUCGCGCAGGCAGCGCGACAAGGGCGACCUGCGGGUGGUCGAGAGGGAAGGGAGCGACGAGGAGUUCCUCCGGAAGUUCGAGGAGAAUUUCCGCCGAGCGGAGCUCGAAGACUCCGCUGAGAACUACCCGCCGAUCACGGCCGAGCGCAACCCCGCGGACAACCUGCGCGAAACCCUGCAUGAUUCACCCGCGGACGCGACACCCGCUAACACGGCUAACCCGUCCGGCUCAUUGCUGACCCAGCGGGUGCAGGUCGUCGAGGUCCCCGUGUACCGCGGCGACCCGCCAUCAUCGCCCUCAUCCUCAUCGUCGUCUUCUUCAUCAACGGCUGCCCACCGGGUGCUUAUAAACAUCACGAUCGCCAGCGAGGACUCGGCCGCCGCUUCUUCGAGGCCUCUGUACGUGCUGUCGGUGUCCGUGCCGACGGACGGCGACGCGUCCGGGAUUAACAUGAAUCAGGCGCAGGUGCGCGCGGCCGAGCAGCCUCCGGAGGAAGCCGGCGCGGCGAGCAUGCUGAGGAAGGUCGCCGCUAACGGCGAGUCGAUGGAUACGCUCGAUACGCUGCGACUGCCGCCGCCGCCGCAGCCACCUGCCUCGCCGCCAGCGCCGGUCUGGGCCGGUGGCGAGUGCGAGUGCUCCUGCCCGUGCAUGGGCUCGUCUUCUGACGAGUGGGACAACUUUUCAGCGUUCGACGAGAGCGCCAACGCGGAGCAGGAGCCGUUCGACCAGCGCGCUAACUCCACCCUGCCAGCGGGCGAGGCCCGGGGGGAACUUGAGGGACACGAGUCGGAGGCUGGUGAAGGAGUGAGUCAGCGCGAGGAAUCCUCCGCGAGCGCGCCGCCCUCGGCGAGCAACGUGACCACCGGCGAUACACAAGACUACGACGUCGACUCGUCGUCGAUAGUUGACUCUGUGGAAUACAGUGAGUCGAGCAGUGACAACACGCCGGCUUAUGAACCGGAAGUGAGCACCACCGACGCGUGGGCUUGCUCUGGAGGCGCUCCGCUUCCCCCAGAGCCCACUAUACUGAUUCUCGAAGGUGCGCGAACUUUCCCAGCGAGGUCCUUCCCACCUGACGGCACGACCUUCGCUCAAGUCAGCCUAGGACAGAAACUCAGCAAGGAGAUACCACCGUACGGCUACUGGAACAUGCAGUUCUACCAAUCGGAGGCCGCCUACGUGCGCUUCGACUACAGCAUCCCGCGCGGUGCCAGCAUCGGCGUGUACGCCAGGAGGAACGCGCUGCCCACGCACACGCAGUACGACCUUCUGGAGGUCCUCAGCGGCUUCAAGGCGCGGACCACCAGGGCGUCUCAUGUUAGUGUCAUUCCCUCGAUUAAGAAAGAGGUGACGCAAUACAUGGAGCCGGGCCACUGGUUCCUCUCGCUCUACAACGACGACGGGGAUCCCCACGAGGUCUCGUUCACCGCCGUGAUCGCCGAGGACAUGACGCACAACUGCCCGAACGGCUGCAGCGGCAAGGGCGAAUGUCUUCUCGGUCACUGCCAGUGCAACCCCGGUUUCGGCGGCGAGGACUGCAGCGAGAGCGUCUGCCCCGUCCUCUGCAGCCAGAGAGGCGAGUACAUAAACGGCGAGUGCCAGUGCAAUCCCGGCUGGAAGGGCAAGGAGUGCUCCCUGCGGCACGACGAGUGCGAGGUACCCGACUGCAAUGGCCACGGCCACUGCACCAACGGCAAGUGCAACUGCGUGCGCGGCUACAAGGGCAAGUACUGCGAGGAGGUCGACUGUCCGCACCCGACCUGCUCAGGUCACGGUUUCUGCGCCGAGGGCACGUGCAUCUGCAAGAAGGGCUGGAAGGGCGCCGACUGCAGCCAGAUGGACAAGGAGGCGCUGCAGUGCCUACCGGACUGCAGCGGACACGGCAACUUCGAUCUGGAGACGCAGACCUGCCUCUGCGAGUCCAUGUGGUCCGGCGACGAUUGCUCGAAAGAACUGUGCGAUCUCGAUUGCGGCCCUCACGGACACUGCGUGGACAACGCCUGCGACUGCUCGCCGGGCUGGUCCGGCGAGCUGUGCAAUCUGAAGCAAUGCGAUCCUCGCUGCAACGAGCACGGACAAUGCAAGAACGGCACGUGUCUGUGCGUCACCGGAUGGAACGGAAAACACUGCACGAUGGAGGGUUGCCCGAAUUCCUGUUCCAGCCAUGGCCAGUGCAGGGUGUCGAACGACGCGCAGUGGGAGUGCCAGUGCUACGACGGCUGGGACGGCAAGGAUUGCAACGUGCUCUUGGAGCAGAACUGCAGCGAUGGACGAGACAACGAUAAAGACGGUCUCAUCGAUUGCGCCGAUCCGGAAUGUUGCUCGAAUCAUAUAUGCCGUAGCAGCCAGCUGUGCGUCUCGGCGCCUAAACCAAUCGAUAUAUUGCUGCGGAAGCAGCCACCCGCCAUCACCGCCUCCUUCUUCGAGAGAAUGAAGUUCCUAAUCGACGAGGGCAGUCUGCAGAACUACGCUCGUCAGGAGACCUUCAACGAGAGCCGGUCGGCGGUGGUACGCGGUCGCGUAGUCACGCACCUCGGCACGGGCCUGAUGGGAGUGCGAGUCAGCACCAGCACCCCGCUCGAGGGCUUCACCCUGACGCGAGACGACGGCUGGUUCGAUCUGCUGGUGAACGGCGGCGGUGCCGUAACUUUGCAGUUCGGCAGGUCGCCCUUCAAGCCGCAGAGCCACAUCGUCUUCGUACCUUGGAACGAGGUCGUCAUCAUCGAUAAGAUCGUCAUGAGCACCGCCGAGGAAAAGCCACCGCUUCACGUCCCGCAUGCGUGCACGGCUCACGACUACGAUAUCAUGAAGCCGGUCGUCCUGGCGACCUGGAAGCACGGCUUUCAAGGUGCCUGCCCGGACAAGAGUGCCAUAUUGGCGGAAUCGCAGGUCAUACAGGAGAGCCUGCAGAUCCCCGGCACGGGACUGAACUUGGUGUACCACAGCUCCAGAGCGGCCGGUUAUCUUUCCACCAUACAGCUGCAGCUCACCCCGGAGUCCAUACCGGCCACCUUGAACCUGAUACACCUGAGAAUCACGAUCGAGGGCAUACUCUUCGAGAAGACCUUCGAGGCCGACCCCGUGAUCAAGUUCACCUACGCGUGGAACCGGCUGAACGUUUACCGCCAGCGCGUCUACGGCGUCACCACCGCGAUGGUGAAGGUCGGCUACGAGUACAGCGACUGCAAGGACAUCAUCUGGGACGUGCAGACCACGAAGCUGAGCGGCCACGACAUGUCCAUCUCGGAGGUCGGCGGCUGGAACUUGGACAUUCAUCAUAGGUACAACUUCCACGAAGGCAUCUUGCAGAAGGGAGACGGAUCGAACAUUUAUCUCAAGCACAAGCCGAGGGUCAUUCUCACCACGAUGGGAGACGGCCAUCAGAGGCCCUUGGAUUGUUACGAAUGCGAUGGACAGGCUUCCAAGCAGCGUCUCUUGGCACCCGUUGCCUUGGCCACUGCGCCGGACGGCUCCAUCUUUGUGGGCGACUUCAAUCUAGUCAGGAAGAUCCUCGUCGACGGGACAGUCAGAACUGUGGUUAGACUAAAUGCGACCAGGGUGUCAUAUCGUUACCACAUCGCUCUGAGCCCGCUGGACGGCGUGCUCUACAUAUCCGACCCUGAAUCCCACCAGAUCAUCCGCGUCCGCGACACCAACGACUACACAGACCCCGAACACAAUUGGGAGACGGUGGUCGGCUCCGGGGAACGUUGCCUUCCCGGCGACGAGGCUCACUGCGGCGACGGCGCGCUCGCGCGAGACGCCAAACUCGCUUAUCCGAAGGGUGUGGCUGUUUCGGCGGACAACGUUCUUUACUUCGCCGAUGGCACCAACAUCAGAAUGGUCGACCGCGACGGCAUCAUCACCACCGUGAUCGGCAACCACAUGCACAAGUCUCACUGGAAACCGAUACCCUGUGAAGGGACGCUGAACGUGGAGGAGGUGCACCUACGAUGGCCGACCGAGCUGGCGAUUAACCCUCUGGACAACUCGCUACACAUGAUCGACGACCACAUGGUCCUCCAGCUGGCACCGGACGGUCGCGUCAAGGUCGUCGCUGGCCGGCCGCUCCACUGCGCCUCGCCGUCGUCCUCGUUCGACACGGAGCUCGCGACCCACGCUACCCUCGUGAUGCCGCAGAGCAUCGCGUUCGGGCCGUCCGGCAACCUGUACAUCGCCGAGAGCGACUCGCAGAGGAUCAACCGCGUUCGCGUGAUCGGCACCGACGGCAAAAUCUCGCCGUACGCCGGCGCCGAGUCCAAGUGCAACUGCCUGGAACGCGGCUGCGAUUGCUUCGAGGCCGACCACUACUUGGCGUCCACCUCCAAGUUCAACACGAUAUCCGCCGUGGCGGUGUCGCCCGAUGGGGUGGUGCAUAUCGGCGACCAGGCCAACUACCGCAUUCGCUCGGUGAUGGCAAGCAUUCCGGACGCCAGCGGCGCACGGGAGUACGAGAUCUACGCGCCCGACACGCAGGAGAUUUAUGUGUUCAACCGUUUCGGUCAACAUAUCGCCACGAAGAACAUCCUCACCGGCGAGACCGUGUAUCUGUUUACGUACAACGUCAACACCAGCAACGGCAAACUCAGCACGGUGACGGACGCGGCCGGCAAUAAAGUCUUCCUGCUGAGGGACUACAGCAGCCAAGUGAACUCGAUUGAGAACACGAAGGGGCAGAAGUGCCGGCUCAGGAUGUCCAGGAUGAAAAUGCUGCACGAGCUGAGUACACCCGACAACUACAACGUCACCUUCGACUAUCACGGGCCAACGGGGCUGCUGAAGACGAAGCUUGACAGCACUGGCCGUAGCUACGUCUACAACUACGACGAGUUCGGCAGGUUGACCAGCGCCGUCACACCCACCGGCAAGGUGAUCAGCUUGACCUUCGACCUCAGUCUGAAGGGCGCAAUCGUGAAAGUCGGGCAGAACAACAGGAAGCCCGUCUCGAUGCUGAUCAAGGGCUCGUCGGUAGUCACGAAGGUCGGCGAAGCUGAGCAAAGGACGACGGUCCUCGCCGAUGGUUCGGUCGGUAGAGUGACGUCAUGGGCUCACACCGUUAGCACCGACACUAUGCCGUACUCGAUCCUGGCGGAGAUCGAGCCUCUCUUGGGCGAGAGCUACCCUGUCCCGGCUAAGCAGCGAACGGAGAUCGCUGGGGAUCUGGCGAACCGCUUCGAGUGGCGGUAUUUCUUGCGCAAGGUUCAGGGAAAUAAGAAUCGCGGCAACUCGAAGACGGUCGCCCAAGUCGGCAGGAAGCUCCGAGUGAACGGCGAGAUCCUGCUGUCCCUCGAGUACGACCGUGAGACCAACUCCGUAGCCGUCUUCAUGGACGAUCGGGUGGAGUUGCUGAACGUCACGUACGACAGGACAGCCAGACCGGUGAAGUGGGGCCCGAGGAACGGCAUCUUCGCCGGCGUCGAGUUGGAGUACGAUCGAUUCAGCAGACUGACCAGUUGGACGUGGGGCGACAUCAGCGAAACUUACGGCUUCGACCGAUCCGGCCGGUUGUACGAGAUCAAGUACAGCGACGGAACGUCGAUGGUGUACGCCUUCAAGGACAUGUUCAGCAGCUUGCCGCUCAAAGUCACCACGCCGCGUGGCAGCGACUAUCUACUGCAGUACGACGAAGCGGGAGCAUUGCAAUCGCUGACCACGCCGAGAGGACACAUUCAUACCUUCUCGCUUCAAACGUCUCUUGGAUUCUACAAGUAUCAGUACUACUCGCCGAUGAACAGGCAUCCCUAUGAGAUCUUGUACAACGACGACGGCCAGAUUCUCGCUAAGGUGUACCCGCAUCAAAGCGGCAAGGUCGCUUACGUCUACGAUCAUACUGGGAAACUAGAGACGACGCUAGCCGGGCUCUCGUCGAUACACUACACCUAUCAAGAGACCACCAGUCUGGUACGCAGCAUCGAUAUCAAUGAGCCAAACUUUGAGAUGCGCAUCGAGUACAAGUACCACGCCGGCAUCGUGAAAGACGAGAAGAUCAAGUUCAGCAGCAAGAGUGGCAUGGAUAACGCUCAUUACCGUUAUCAGUACGACGGCAAUGCGCGCAUAUCCGGCAUCGAGGUGGACAUCAACGGCAAGCAGCUUCCGCAGCUUCGCCUCAAGUACAAUCAGAAUCUCGGCGUGCUGGAGGGCGUCGGCGAUCUCCGGAUAUACAGGAACCUCUUCAACAGGUCUGUCAUGCAAGACAGUAGCAAGCAGUUCUUCACGGUGACGGACUACGACGAACACGGCCGCGUCAAGACCGUGCUGAUGAACAUCAGAACGUUCGACGUGUUCCGCAUGGAGCUCGAGUACGACAAUCGCAAUCGCAUCAAGAUGAGGAAGCUCACCAUUGGCAAGGAGGCGAUCGAGAAGAAGGAGGGCUCUCGAAUGCAGAAGAUAACUUACAACGCGGACGGUCACGUGCUGGAGGUGGCCGACACGGAGAACAACUGGCAAUAUGCGUACGACGAGAACGGCAACGUGAUCGGCGUGUCCGGGCAUAACGGGAAGAUCGCUUUGGGCUACGACAGUGGCGACCGAGUGGUCCAGUACGGCGACGUGGAGUUCAACUCGUACGACGGGCGCGGCUUCGUCGUCAUUCGCGGCGAACACAAGUACAGGUACAACUCGCGCGGUCAGCUGAUCCACUCGUCGGAGCACAAGAAAUUCCAGAUCUGGUACUUCUACGAUGACCGCGGCCGCCUGGUGUCCAUGAACGACGACCGCGAGAACAUCACGCAGUUCUUCUAUGCGAACCCCAAGACCCCGGACCUGAUAACGCACGUGCACUUCCCCAAGUCGUCCAAGACGUUCCGCUUCCUCUACGACUCGCGCGACUUCCUCAUGACCGUGGAGACGUCCGAGCAACGCUUCUACGUCGCGACCGAUCAGAACGGCUCGCCGCUCGCGCUCUUCGACACCAACGGCAACCUCAUCAAGGAGAUGCGACGUACGCCGUUCGGCAGGAUCAUCAAGGACACCAACCCGGACUUCUACCUGCCCAUCGACUUCCACGGUGGCCUCUUGGACCCCAACACCAAGCUCAUCUACCUAAACAAACGACUAUACGACCCGACUCUCGGCCAAUGGAUGACUCCGGCUUGGGAGCAGAUGGCCAACGAGCUGACCACGCCGACCGACAUCUUCAUCUACCGUUUCCGCAAUAACGACCCGAUCAACUUCAAGCAGAACGUGGAGUACAUGACGGACCUGGCGAGCUGGCUAAAGCUCUACGGCUACGACAUCUCUUCGAUGCUCGGCUCCGAGUACACGAAGCAGAUGGUGUACCAGCCGAGCGCCACCAUCACGUCGCCGCAGCUUACCCCGGACUUUGGUGUCAUGUCCGGCCUGCAGUGCAUCGUGAAUCGCGUGCAUGAGAAGUUCUCCGACCUCGGCUUCGUGCCCAAGCCGCUGCUGAAACUGGAGCCGAAGACGAGGAACCUGCUGCCGCGGGUGGCGCAUCGCCGCGCGGUCUUCGGCGAGGGUAUCCUGGUAUCGCGCGUCGACGGCCGCGCCUUGGUGAGCGUGGUGGACGGCGUGAACAGCGUGGUGCAGGAUGUAGUGACGUCCGUGUUCAACAACUCGUACUUCUUGCCGCUGCACUUCAGCGUGCACGACCAGGACGUCUUCUACUUUGUGAAGGACAACGCACUCAAGAUCCGCGACGACAUGGAGGAGCUGCACCGGCUCGGCGGCAUGUUCAACGUGUCCACGCACGAGACGACGGAGCACGGCGCCGGCACCUGGAAGGAACUGAGGCUUCACAACCCGGACGCGGCGGUGGUGAUCAAGUACGGGGCCGAUCCCGAACAAGAACGCCACCGGAUUCUCAAGCACGCGCACAAGCGAGCCGUGGAGAGGGCCUGGGAGAUCGAGAAGCAGCUGGUGAUGUCCGGUUUUCAAGGUAGGGGCGACUGGUCGAAGGAGGAGAAGGACGAGCUCAUCAGCCGCGGCACCGUGGACGGCUACGAGGGCGUCGACAUCCACAGCGUCCACAGGUACCCGCAGCUCGCUGACGACCCCGGCAACGUGGCGUUCACCCGGGACGCCAAGAGGAAGAGGCGGAAGAGCGGCAACCGGCGCAACAGGACUCACAGGCACGAUUCGUGAUUCGAGGAUACCACGCGAGUUCGGGGUAUCGUUUGGGACUUGAUUCGCGCGUGAAUCCGAGAUGUGAGAGCUCGAACGGACAAAUGGACGGGAGAAUGAGAGAGAGAGAGAGAGAGGGGGGGGAGCACGUCGGAGAACAGCCGGGAGGAAGGACGUCCGUCUCGAUGUUCGUCUGUGCUACUUUCUCCCCUCGAAUCUCCCCCUCCCCCCUCCUUCCCGCCUCUUCUCCCCGCGCUCGUCGUCGGGAUGUACGGAGAUCUACCACGAGCGACCACGGACGCACGCGUCGAUGCGUCUGUCC